GUUUAUCCUGCAGCUGCUGCUCUGACGUUAAUUUUUUGAAGACCUGUCCAUGUGUAUCUUUUUCUUCGACGAGUAUGUCAGCCUACAGAUACAUAAAAUAGUAAUGUACCUCUAAAUCGUGUUUAAGUACAGUUAUCAUGUAAAUUUCCUCUUUCCUCUUAUUUGUUUGCAGAAAACUUCCCCUAAAGUUUUAUUUUGAAAACAUCGGGGCAGGAAGUUGUCGUUGGAACAAUCUACUGUCACAUCUCAGAGCUUUAUUGAGAUAUCUAGCUAGCUUUUUAGCUGGCUAGCUCAUUAAUACCAAGAUCAUUUCUUUUGCUUUGAAGACGGGACCAGGUGUUUACAGUUGGCACUAUGUUGGUCCCCAUAUUCACACUGAAGCUGAACCACAAGAUCAACCCUCGUAUGGUCACUGUCGGGAAAUUUGAUGGAGUCCACCCAUGCCUUACAGCAGCAACGCAGGCAGGAAAGGUUUUUAUCCAUAACCCACAUGCUCGGGGUCAGAGACCUGUGGCCCAUCGACUGAGCCAGAGCACCCAGGAUUCAGACAUCUCUCUGCUCAACAUCAACCAGGCAGUCACUUGUCUGACAGCAGGGACACUGGGACCAAACACCACUGGGGACACACUGUUGGUUGGCUCCCAGACCAACCUUCUGGCUUAUGAUGUCCAUGACAAUGCUGAUAUAUUCUACAGAGAGGUGUCAGAUGGAGCCAAUGCUAUUGUGCUAGGGAAACUGGGGGAGAUCCCGAAUCCUCUUGCCAUCAUUGGAGGAAACUGCGCCUUACAAGGCUUUGACUACGAGGGCAAUGAUCACUUCUGGACAGUGACUGGGGAUAAUGUCAGAUCCCUGGUGCUCUGUGACUUCACUGGGGAUGGGAAAAAUGAGCUCCUUGUUGGGUCGGAGGACUUUGACAUUCGAGUAUUCAAGGAGGACGAGCUUGUGUCUGAGAUGACUGAAAAUGAGACUGUAACGUCACUGUGCCACAUGCAUGACAGCAGGUUUGGCUAUGCUCUGGCUAAUGGCACUGUGGGAGUUUACGACCGCACCGCUCGUUACUGGAGGAUUAAGUCUAAGAAUCAUGCAAUGAGCAUCCAUGCCUUUGACCUGAAUGCUGACGGGGUGGUGGAACUUAUCACUGGCUGGUCCAAUGGAAAGAUCGAUGCACGUAGUGAUCGCACAGGCGAGGUCAUUUUCAAAGACAACUUCUCCUCGUCUGUAGCUGGAGUGGUGGAGGGCGACUACAGGUUGGAUGGACAGAAACAACUCAUCUGCACCUCCAUAGAGGGAGAAGUCCGUGGUUACCUGCCAGCCAGCAAGGACCUGAAAGGGAAUCUCAUGGACUCCAGUUCUGAACAGGACCUCAUUAGAGAGCUCAGCCAGCGCAGACAGAAUCUGUUGUUGGAGCUGCGCAACUACGACGAGAAUGCCAAGGGUUUAUCAGAGACAAACAGCGGGAUGGGUGUUAUACCCGCCAACACUCAGCUUCAGACUGCACUGUCAGUGAGACCUGCCACAGAGGCCCAGAAGGCUCAUGUAGAGCUCUGCAUUUCUACACCAAAUGAAACCAUUAUCCGUGCAGUGCUCAUCUUUGCAGAGGGGAUAUUUGAGGGGGAGAGCCAUGUUGUGCACCCCAGCGCCCAGAACCUGUCUGGCAGCAUCCGAGUUCCCAUUGUCCCCCCAAAAGAUAUCCCAGUAGAUCUACACAUUAAAGCUUUUGUUGGAGGUAAAACUAGCACCCAGUUCCACGUGUUUGAAAUCACUCGACAGCUGCCUCGAUUCUCCAUGUAUGACAUCACAGAUGACUCCUCAAGUACUCCACCCAAUGGAAGAGUCGUCUUCAACAUCAACGACCGGCCGCAGAGGGUGGUGAUGUGGCUGAAUCAGAACUUCUUGCUUCCAGAGGGAGUAGACAGUCCCGACAUCAGUUUUAAUUCAUUGAGAGGAGGGGGACUGCUGUCCAUCAGCAUGGCCAGCAGUGGACAGAUCACGCUGAGGACCGAUGACAUUGACCUGGCAGGAGAUCUGGUCCAAUCACUGGCAUCCUUCCUGGGUAUAGAGGACUUGUCGGCAGAAGCAGACUUCCCUGGAUACUUUGAGGAGCUACGUACUACACUCACAGAGGUGGAUGAGUUCCACUCCGUCCAUCAGAAGUUGACUGCAGCUAUGGCCGAUCACUCCAACUACAUCAGGAACAUGCUGGUGCAAGCAGAGGACGCUCGCCUUCUUGGUGAAAUGUCAACGAUGAAGAAACGUUACAGAGAGCUGUACGAUCUGAACAGGGAUCUAAUCAAUGAGUAUAAAAUCCGUUCUAACAACCAUAAUGCACUACUGGCCUGCCUCAAGUCUGUCAACCAGGCCAUACAGCGUGCUGGAAGACUCAGAGUGGGUAAGCCCAAAAACCAAGUGAUCUCUGCCUGUCGAGAUGCCAUCAAAAGCAAUAAUGUCAACGCACUCUUCAGGAUCAUGAGAGCGGGCACUGCAUCCUCCUGAGGGUGGACGGGACAGGAAUGUAGGAAUGGACUGAAAGGUUUACAGAAGAACGAUGGACACAAGCAAAACCGAUUAGCACUGUAAUGUCGGACUGUCUUUUUACACACCACACCUGCAAGGACUUUUCAUUUCUAUAUCAGGACCAAAACCAAACAUGGAAAUGGAAGCAGAAGUUACAAAGACUGUAAAAUAGAGACAAUGACGUAUCCUUUAACCACUUUAAUGCAUGAUUUAGCAACUAAACUCGACUGUUUUGGAUGAUAAUGUAAUGCAGUUAAACGUCAGUUAAAUGAAUGUCAGAGUUAGUGUAGGAGUCAUGUAGCAGGAGUGACACAGCUAAUAAUAAUAAUAAUAAUACAUUUUAUUUUGGGCGCCUUUCAGAUCACCCAAGGUCACCUUACAGAUCAUAAAAGCAUACAUCAUUAAAACAUCAUAAAAACAAACAAACAAAAAGUAAUAAAUAAAAACUAAAAACUAGUGAGGUGCAGAGAGUCCAGUUUAGAGUGAAUAUGCCAGUUUGAACAGGUGAGUUUUGAGUUGGGAUUUGAAUGAUGUUAUGGAGUCCGACUGUCUUAUGCUAUUAUAAGAUGGACUAGAAUAGUGUGGGGAGUGAAGGCUGUCAGUUUUCAUGUUCCUCAAAGCAGUGGUACACAGCCAGUGUGAGAACAGUAAAGACUGAGAGCAGUUCUUUCUAAAACAUGAGAGAUUCAAAAGGUUUCUGCUGUCUAGAUUCAACCAACAUACAAAACUCCUUCAGUACCUCACAUGUAACUCUAUUAGGGUCAGUAGAUAAGAGUAAAGAAAGAAAGAACUAGGCUUUGGUGUGCAAAGAAUGUUCUAGAGAUGUUCCAGAUGACGUUGCACAACUUUCAAAGACUUGUUUAAACUUCAGAAAACUGAUCCAAACCAUCUUCCUUCCACAAAGACACCGACAGUUUGGAGAAAAUCAUGAUAUUCUGCAUCAGAAGACUGAAUGUUUGGAUCAGGGUUCUCAGUGGUGUUUAGAGAGCGUACAGCUUGAGCAGGACAGAGAGCAGCUUCCUCUCACAGGGAGCCGUGCCUUUGAAAAGGCCCCGGUGUGUCUGUGGGACAGCCCGCUCAGACUCAGGUUUCUGCUCCUGGCCGUUGUGUGUGUUCGUGGUGUUUGUAGCCAAAGAGAACUAUUUUCAUUAACAAAUGUCACAGAGGACCAACGCUGUGUGUUUCACUUGUUUACCUUUUUGUAGAUUGAAUAUUAUCAAUGUAUAUUUGUGUUUGUGGCAGAAAUGUUUAUUAAAUUAACUUAUAUUUUAAAGGUU